GUGGUGAGCUAUGCCCCAUUCACACUCUUCCCCUCAUUGGUGCCCAGUGCCCUGCUCGAGCAGGCCUAUGCUGUGCAGAUGGACUUCAACCAGCUGGUGGAUGCUGUCAGCCAGAACACUGCCUUUCUGGAGCAAACUCUUUCCAGCACCAUCAAAAGGGAUGACUUUACUGCGCGUCUCUUUGACAUCUACAAGCAAGUCCUGAAAGAGGGCAUUGCCCAGGUAACCAUGUCUACCCAACCCCAGCCUGGGACCUGCCCCUCCCAUUUCUGUUUUUUCAAGCAGAUCUUGGCCCAGGCCCUGAGUCUGCUGUUCAUUGGAUCCCACUGGGUUUGUACAUCAGAGACCAAUCCUGAGAUGACCAGAAGAAUGAGUUCCCCUGGGUUUGGGAGUGUUAGCCAAUGCUUUCAAUCUCUGCAUAGAGUUCAUGGUACUCGUUUGCCCCGUGGUCAGGCCCUCAGAGGCAGUCUCUGGGGAGGUGCCCUCAACCUUCAUUUUUCCCACACAGACUGUCUUCCUGGGCCUGAACCGCUCAGACUACAUGUUCCAGCUCAGUGCAGAUGGUUCUCCAGUCCUGAGACAGAUUGAAAUCAACACCAUCUCUGCCAGCUUUGGGGGUCUGGCUUCCCGGACCCCAGCUGUGCACAGACAUGUUCUCAGCGUCCUGAGUAAGACCAAAGAAGCUGCCAAGAUCCUCUCCAAUAACCCCAGCAAGGGACUUGCUCUGGGGAUUGCCAAAGCCUGGGAGCUCUACGGUUCAGCAAAUGCGCUGGUGCUGCUGAUUGCUCAAGAGAAGGAGAGGAACGUGUUUGAUCAGCGUGCCAUAGAGAAUGAGCUCCUGGCCAGAAACAUCCAUGUAAUUCGGCGAAGAUUUGAAGAUGUUUCUGAAAAGGGAUCUCUGGACCAAGACCGAAGGCUAUUUAUGGACGGCCAGGAAAUUGCUGUGGUUUACUUCCGGGAUGGCUACAUGCCAAGUCAGUAUAGUCUACAGAACUGGGAGGCACGCCUGCUGCUGGAGAGGUCGCGUGCUGUCAAGUGCCCAGACAUUGCCACCCAGCUGGCUGGGACUAAGAAGGUGCAGCAGGAGCUGAGCCGGAUGGGCGUGCUGGAGUUACUGCUGCCUGGCCAGCCUGAGGCCGUGGCCCGCCUCCGUGCCACAUUUGCUGGCCUCUACUCAUUGGACAUGGGUGAAGAAGGGGACCAGGCCAUCAUGGAGGCCCUUGCUGCUCCUAACCGGUUUGUGCUAAAGCCCCAGAGGGAGGGAGGAGGUAACAACCUAUAUGGAGAAGAGAUGGUGCAGGCCCUGGAACGACUGAGGGACAAUGAAGAGAGGGCCUCCUACAUCCUCAUGGAGAAGAUUGAACCUGAGCCAUUUGGGAAUUGCCUGCUACGACCUGGCAGCCCUGCCCGAGUGGUUCAGUGCAUCUCAGAGCUGGGUAUCUUUGGGGUCUAUGUCAGGCAAGGAGACACACUUGUGAUGAACAAACACGUGGGUCAUCUGCUUCGAACCAAAGCUAUUGAGCAUGCUGAUGGUGGUGUGGCAGCAGGAGUGGCUGUGUUGGACAACCCAUACCCUGCAUGAGGGCACAGCCGAGCUGACCAAGACUUCUCUCAAGAGAUCGUCUAUCCUCUGUCCUUGUCAUUCCUCUCCAGCCCU